GUGCUUUGUUCGACCUAUUUUAAGGCGAAUGAGUCAACGAUUGACGUAGCUCGUAAAAUACUCCUUUACAAUGCCAGCUGAGGAAGGACGUAUUACUCGCAAAUCCACGGUCUCCAAACAAAAUCGAAAACAAGUUCGCAGUGUACUAAAAAGCGAGAAGGUACUUCAUCGAUCAACAAGAAAACAGGUUGUAGAAGUAAUUACUCCACCUAUCUCUGCAAGGCUUAGAAGUGCUGGUACACGACAAGCAUUUGAAGAAACAAAUGUCAAGUUGGAUACCCUCCUUUUGAAACCGAAAGGUCGUAAAUCUGCUGCUCAUGUGAAUCAAAUAAAGCAGAAUGGUACACAUCUUGCUUUAAUAGUCGAAAGUAAUGGAAUACCUGAUGUAUUGAACAACCAUAAUCCGUCCACUGGUUCCUCGCAGAAUGGGACAAAAAAUAAUGUCUCAGAAACUCCUGUUCUACAACCCAUGACAAGUUCACGUUUUUGUAGCACCAUGUAGCAAUAUUCAUGUUUUUGUCCAGCUUUUUAUACUUGUAUUUUAUUUUUAACAAAAUAUAUUUGUGAGUAUUUCA